AUGCCGCAGGAGCCCAUCAGCGUGCAGCGGGGAGACGCGUUCAUCACGUUCUACCCUGGCAACUGGUUCAAGAUCACUGCCGGCGUUGACGUGCAGGACGAGAGCCCCAUCAUUGGUCAGCAGUGGUUCAGCUGGCGGGUGUCCAGGGACUACCACUUCAGGUACGAGCUGGCCCCAGCGCGCGGCUGGGUGGCGAGCGUCGACCGCCUGUUUGAGCUGCGCAGCCGCGGCUUCACCAAGUGCGGCGGGGAGAACCUCUUCGUCAUCGGCCACGGCGACCGCUGGUGGGACCCGCAGCUCGUGCGCUUCCACGACGACGAGCCGGCCCGCCACCAGCUGGUGCAGCUCAUAGGCGCCCUCUCCCUCGCGGGCUUCAAUGGCAACAGCGGCCUGCCCGUCGGCCACGUGGUGGCGUUCAACGCGGACCCAGACCUGAUGCUCGACUUCACACGCGCUCUGCUGAGCUCCUGCCAGUGA